AUCUGUACCUCCCGCCAACAUGAAUGCCCUCCGAAUUGCCAGCAAACACACCCAUUCCCUUUCCCAGAAGUUCCGCGUUAACCCUCCUCAGACGCGCUCUUUCUACUCCCCUUUUGCUGUCCUUUCCCAAAACUCGCCCUCGUCAUCUUCCACCAAGCCAUCGUAUGAGAAGCCCACACAGGACAACUUUGAGGUUGAACACGGCGCGGGUACCGUCUACGUUGUCUCGGAGCCAGACCCCUCCGAUCGCCCCUACGCGGUUCCCGCGGGCGCAUAUCCGACGUCAUUGCCCUACGUCAACUUUACCCAGACCGAGGCACCGGAUGCCAGUGGUGCCAAAGCGUAGGCGAGAGUGCGGCUGUGCGGAACAGUGACGCUCCAGGAGAGAUGGGAACUCGGGGCGGCGGUCAUGGAGACCUAGGCCCGAUGGACGAAUCUUCGACGGAAGAGGUGGAGAGGCCUGGAAGGUGAGGAAGUAACGAGCUGCACUAGACUUGAUCUGGGAGGUAACCAUGGACCCAAGAAUGGCCCAUAUGCAUUGCAUCGAUAUGUGAAAUUGUAUGAUAUAUAAUUCUCUUUGCCUCGUUCGAGCUCGUUCGACGUCCGCAGAAUGCCUUGUAAUGAUCCGCCUGUACAUGUGAAUUUUCUUACCUCUUGACGAGGCCCAAACCCAUUUAGACGACUUGGAAAAGUAUAUGCUUUGAGACGGGAACCUUCUCCUGGAUCCAGCCUCUGUACGAGCUCGGUCUGGUGCUCAGACGUGGUUGUUGCGCCCGACCAUGACCGCGAAUCUAGAAUUUAAAAACUCCUGGCUGACACAGUCAGACGUGCCCUGAACCAUAUAUUGACGGCCUUCGAAACAAGACGCCUUCUGCGCUCCAGAGCGUUGUUGCGUGCAUGACUGCCGGUAGGGACACUGGAAGCUACUGGAAGCCGUGUUUGCCCCAGAAGUGGUCAGUUACACGGGGCCAGUCGUGCGGAGACGCCUGCGCCGUGGGGUCACCGGCCUUUCCCAGCCUUUCCCUCCGCCACUAGUUUCCAGUCCGUCCAGGUCUUCUCCACUUGGCCUCGAAUUCCGCCACGAGCAGCCCUAGCAUCUUUCCGCCGCCGCCACCCCGGAGAAACUGUCGGCUGGUGACGAUGACCAUGCCUUUCUUGCACCGGGUGAGCAUGCGUUUAUCCGGUUCUUCGAGCGCAGGAAGCUAGGACCUUUCGAGCGAACAGCCGAGACGAUCACGUAGUCCGCCUCGUUGCC